UAUUAAAUGCAAAUUUGUUUGAUGAUAUAGACAAAUCGUCGGACAAUAUAGCCUCCAUGAUCGAGAGCAGCAUCUACUGUGCCAAAGUCAGGGACCUGAGGAUGAAAAUCAUGAAUGAAAUGGUUGCCUUAAUAAAAGCCGUCGAGAACAUUACUCUGGUAAACAUUGAUAUAUCAGAGUUGAAGAAGAUCAUUAAGCGAGCCGCCGAGUUCAGCACGCGCUUCCAAAGGAUACGCUUGUACCAAAUUCAGAGAGUGAUCCAUGACAUCAAUCGGCACAACUACCAAUCGCUGCCGUACGCGCAACACACCCAGUUCCAGGCUCAGAUGGUCCGCGUUGUCGGACUACAUCAAAACACUUUACAGGCCUUUCAGGUGUUCCACAAGUCGCUGGAGCAGACGCUGUGCCUGAAGCAGGCGGCGGAGCAGCUGCAGGCGCUGGCGGGCGCCGUGCGCGACGGCCACGACGCCUGCGCCGCCGUCGUCGCCCCGCACGGCUUCAGCGCCGCCAAGGACCUCUUCGACGACGAGCUUGCCGCUAUGAGCUGCAGACUGGAUUCUACGGUAACUAGCUACCAGUCGCGCGCCUCACAAGUACUCGCACAACACCAAGCACUGAAUAAUCUGCGUUCCAAGAAAUCCAAACCUAACACGAAGAAGAGUUCUGGCGCAGUGGGUGGAUCGAAAACUAUACUAAAAGCUGGUAUGGAGAAAUUAUCAAUGUAUUCCCUUGAACCGCUGCAUCGCAACGAGAAGAAGGGAAAGACUGCUGGUGUGAGUAUUCCUGAUGUUAUCUCGGCGCCGAAUAAGGACAAUCAGACCGCUGUAAAAAAGAAAUCCCCCAG